AUGCCUCCAAAACUCACUAAAUCUAAGCAACUGCUGAUUACUAUACUCAAGUUCAAGCGAGCAAAAUCAACGUACUUAAUUCCGUUGGAUUUGAGUGGAAAGUCUUCCCAAACCAUAAAAAAUUUGACCACAACUCUUUCAGCUGUGAUAGAGCAGUCAGGGGGAAUACAACUUGUCGAAGAUGAAGUCAACGAGGCUGGCGACAUAGAAAUUCCCAAGUCAGAGUUCAUAGACGAGGAUGACCAAAUUGAGGUGCCUAAAUCCGAAUUCGCAGAGAAUAUAGAUGAUGAGGCCAACGAUAACAAAGUGUUUAAAAUAGCCCCAGAGGAUAUCAGGAUCGCGGUUCCGAAGGAUAAAUCAUCUCCAUACGCUAACGAAUGGAUAGAACUCUCCAAAGACUCGGAUUUAUCGUCGCUAGUGUUUAAUGACUACGACAUACUAGCCUUCGCCUACUUGGAGGAACCGUUCAAUGUGGUAGAAGCCGCAUAUGAAGAGCAGCAAUAA